AACUGUUCAACUUGGACAACUUUGGAUUUUGCCGCGACGUAUAAAAUGUGGUAUGAAAACAAGUAUCUUUUUACUACUUCUGUUUUUACCCGCAUUUCGUGUUGAAUAGGACUAGUCAAUCAUAUUCGCAGGUAUGUCAAUCAGGAACAUUUCAAACGUCAAAUAAAAAAAUCGGAAUUAGUGAAAGAAAUGUCGGGCGAUUCCCCCCAGUCUCAUCGGAACGACAUCAUUCUUUUUGUGGCACCGACAACAUCGAAGGAAGUGGCCAUCCAGAGCACUAAUGUGGGAAAUACGUGUUUCGUACAAGCAGCUGUUCCCGUAGAAAAAGAUAAGGAAAAAGACGAGGAAGAUAAGGUUUUGUGUCCCUCGAUUUUAUCAAAUAAUUCGUGCGAUGAUAGCAGGAAUUCAGAUCCAGAUAAAACGGUUUCAAUGGCAGAACUCGCUAACUCAGGAAAAAAGAGAAAAGAAAAAGAAAAAAAGUACAAAUUUCGAAUGUGUAAGGGUGGUGGCAAAACAAAAAUAAAAAAUCACGUGAAGAGUGAGGAAUGCACAGUGGCGUGCCUGUAUUAUAUGAUACAGUGCUGUGAGUGCACUAUUGUGUAACUUUGUGAUAUUUUAUGUAUUUAGCUUUUAAGCUAAAAAAAAAUAUUUUGCAAAUUUAUAUUUUUCUCAUAUAUUUCAA